AUGUCUUCCUCAGUCAAGAUGGAAAGAAAUGCUGUCAACGGCGGCAUCAGCUCGCCCCCCGUGCUCCGGGAAACAUUAGAUCUCGUCUCGCACAAAUGUCCCUCACACCUCGACAUCCCAGCCAACAAGGUCCAGGCCAAAUCGUCGACAGUUGAUGUCUUUUUCGAUGCCAUAGCCGCCGAAAGGCUUCGCCGCAUGCCACCCGAUGGAAGCCGACUUGAUGGUGCUCUAUGCCGGGCAUCUCGCCUGGCCUUUGCUGUUGCCUCGUUAAGAGAUUCGGUCACUGGUUUUCUGGAUGGCGGAGACGAGGCCGCCACGAUGAUUUGGGGAGCGACUCUGCUGCUCCUCGAGAUGGGUAUGGAUCACAUUGAAACGUUAGACAGCAUCUUCGGACAAUACGGUCGGAUUACCAUGGGAAUUUCGCUGCUUUUACAACAAGAGAGUUCUUUUCACUCUUCUCGAUCUCUUCAACAAGAAGUGGCCGAAAUAUACGCCCAUCUACUCCAAUUGAUCAUGCACAUCAGCAUGGAGUACCGCCAAGGGGUGCGUAGCCAGAACUGGCAGGCCGUAGGCGAGGCCGUGAACGGGUCUUUCUUCUGCUAUUUCAACCGAUUUACCGUUCAUUGGCGCCGGAUGUCACAAGUUGCGCUCUCGACCGGACCGGAAGAUCAGUCGGUCGCCGAUUUUGCAGCCGUCUAUCAAUUUCUCGAGCUUCAGGAUCGUCCACUGCAAAUGUUCUUAGAUGGCCACAAUCAUUCCCUGACGGACGGCUCCUUUGCCUGGUUUGACCCCCAUUUAACUACGUUCACUCUGAGUCGUCGUAACCUCAUGCUGGUUACGGGUCACCCAGGCUCAGGAAAGAGUGCACUAGCUCAAUGGACUGUGGAAAAGCUUCAGGUCUCGCCAGAGUUUGACAUUUGGAGUGUCGUUCCCGUCGCAAUCAGGUCGGACGUGCCCAUUACCACCCUGACGCUGAGCAUCCUCAAGAACAUUCUCAUACAGAUUCUUGAUCACUGUGUCAGUAGUCGAAAAGCCCAAGAUUCGAUCCUGUCUGCGGUUACCAAGGCUCUCGAAUUGGCUGAAACAGGAGCCACAGAUCCCCAGGUGGAGGAUCAACUGUGGGUGGCCAUGCGGACGGCGCUCCAGUCGAAUCUUCAUUUCUUGCUUGUAGUGGAUGGGAUCGAUCAGAUUAAACCCCCAAAUACUACAGUCGACUCCUUUCUCCAUCGUCUACAGGACGCUGUCUCGGAGCGUAACACGCCUUCCAAGCUGAUUGUGUUCAGCCGCCCUUUAACGAAUUCGCAGAUGCCAGUCCGUGACACCAUCACCACUCAUCAACUUACAAUGAGUGCUUCUUUGACUCAACUUGACCUGCAAGGUGCCGUGGAGGACACGAUGGCCUCUGAUGCAGCCUUUUCUGGUCUGGACAGCUUGCAAACCAAAGCUCUAUCAACAUCAAUUGUUCCUCGUGCUCAAGGUUGUUUUGUCUGGGCGCAGCUAGCCCUCGAACUUGCACGACAUCAGUCUUCGUUUUCAGAAAUGGUAUCCGCUAUCAAGAAUGCUCCCAAGACCCUUGGGGAUCUAAUUGACCGGCAUUUGCACGGAAUUAAUCUCCACCGGAUGGGCAUUCAGAGUGUUCUCGCGUGGUUAACGGCGUCAGAGCGCCCCUUCCGCAUCCAAGAAGUGGAACAGUUACUUGCAGUUGAUGUAAAGUCGCUUAAGGUAGCUACUCGCACGCCAAAUAUCGAUCGUGAUGUCCUGCAGCCACUAACCCGGAUUACUUCUGUCCGGGACGGGUUUGUCUCCUUCCGACAUCCCAUGGUCCGAGAACACAUUCAAGCGCGGGCGAUAAUGAGCCAGGUGGUUCCGUUUACCUUAGCUGAAGCCCACUACGACUUGUUGAUACGCUCGCUAGCUUGGGUACGCCGAUCGGUCUCCGACGAGGUUGUCGUCGCCUGGGACAAACUGGGUGUGAGCGCCCGCGACGGAUACAUGGACGCCUACGAGUUGUUGGAAUAUACCUCACGUUAUUGGCUGUCUCAUAUGCUGUCUUCCCCCAUUGCUACAUCCAACCGCGAGCUAUCAUUUACGGGCCCCUUCCGCCGAGCCAUGCCGACCUCGGUUAUCUUUGCUCAGCUGGAACUUACAAACCGUGAAUCACAAUUCAGUCGCUCGAGCAUUGUUGAGCUAUAUCGACUGUCCGUUGUGGUGCGUCGUGGAGUCCUGGGCAACGAUUCUCAUGCUCUACUUCAGAGUCUGAUCCUAAGUGCUCGUGCAGCGGAUCGGGCCAGAGCAACCUGGGCCAAUGAUCACCUUUUCGAUGCUUGGACUCGCAGCCGGGCUCUUCUCGGACCCACAAACCCUAUCAGCCGGGAUCUAGAACAGCUUUUGGUAUCCUCCCCGGAGGGCAAAGGCCAUGCAGAUCGUUCCACUGGCAUGAAGAUGGAUGCGCUACGGGACAUGACCCUGGCAAAUUGGGGCUCCUCUGACAUCACGUUCACUCAACGUUUGCAAUACCUGAACCGCCUGGUGACGUCGUAUGAGCGUAGCGAUCAGAAGGAGUCGGCGUAUGGUGUCUCCAAACAGUUUUAUCAUCAAACAGUCUCGACCUAUGGGGUUCAUUCGUCCGAAGCCAUGCAAGCGGCCGAAUUCCUUAUGCAUCAUUUCACAAUUACUCCUCCUGAUGAACUGGCGUUGGAGCUCACUCGUGCCAAAUAUGAAACCAUGCUGCGGUCGAUGGACGUGAGCGACCCGCGUCGUAUUUCAGAAGGACUUCGUCUGGCCCAGAUGUAUGAAGAGAGCAACCAAGCCGUCAAGGCCGAAGGAGUGCUGACUCGGUUAUGGUCGGGGCUCUCGGCACGUGACAUCGAUCCCAUCAAUUCGUGGGACCAAAGAACCAAAGUCGCGUUCUACUAUUCGCAGUUCCUGCGGCGCCGAGGUCGUCCCGAUGAGGCAACCGCCAUCCUGCGCGAACUCUCGGCAGAAUUGGAAGAGGACGGCGGAGUCAAGUCACCGGAGAUGGUUCAGCGUGCAGAGGAACUACGGGUGGAAGCCCGCGACAUGGGUCUUGUCGACAUGGACCGCGCCCUGGCAUUACAGGUAUGGAAGUAUUAUCGUGCGACGGGUCAGCAGUACUCUCCUGAAGCCGUUAAACUCGCGGAAGGCCUUGCCAGCAGCCUCAUUUCAUCCAGGACAGCGGUCGAGAACAUCGGCGUUCUUUCCCCCGAAGAGAGCAUUUUGCUGCCAGGCCUGAUCGAUUCGAUUGCAUCGGCCGGCACCAGUCAACGAACCCUACCUCUUCUCGGUCUGUGUCAUCACCUCGCGACACAGCACAUCCGCGCGGAAGAAUGGCCAGAGGGCAGCAAGGCCGCAUUAGCGGUCUUGCAACACGCAUGGCCCGCUGUUGAAGACCCACAGUCCAAGGCCAAAUUCCAAUCGAACGAGGCCCCCGCGAUGGCCAACCUCGCCUUGGAUCAUGCCUACUGUCUUUUCCGUCAAUUGGAUGUUCAUACUGCUUCCGUUGUUUAUGGCAAUGCCUUCAAGGCCUCCAUCACUGCGGAUCAGGUUGCUGUUCCCUCGGUAACCACGGUUGUGAAGACUGUAGUGGAAUUCUACGAGACGACCUUCCAGUUCGAAAAGGCACUUGUUCUUCUGCAUCAAGUUAGUGACUUCUUUGCCUCGCGUCUUGGUGAACAUGAUAAACACACUAUCGACACACGCUACUACGAGGGCGACUUAGCUUUACGCUUGGGCCGUCGCAGCGAGGCUGAGGAUAGCUAUCGCCAUAUAUACAGAGCCUGCAUCCGCGACGGUAAGAUUAGUUCUUCUGGCGUACGCGCCUCUGUCGCACUCGUAGCGCUGUAUGAGCAGCAGCAAAAGUGGGACGCAGCGCUGGAGGUCUACCGCCAUCUAUGGCCAACACUGGUGAGAUUCGAUGAGAGGGAUGGCUACGACCGUGCUUUGCUGGAGGGUCUACUGCCGAAGACUUACGCCGGUUACAUGGCUAUCCUGGAGCAUUCAACUAUCCAGGGGACUCGUGACGAACGCCACCAGGUUGCUUUACAGCACCAGCAGCUAUGCCGCAAGCUCUACGGCGCUACCAGCCCACGGACGCGCGAUGCAACUCUCACGCUGGCUGCCCUAUGUGCCAACAGCGCACGUCACACCGAGGCCGUCAAUCUUUACCAGCAGGUGCUCAACACCAACGACUGGGUCUCUGCGUCCGAGCUCUCGCGCGGGUUAUCCGACAUGUCCGAACCCUUGCCCAUUAGCAUCAAGCAUCAAAUGGCCCAGCUCUACAUCCGGCAGAACAACACAUCAAGGGAUGCCUACUCCCUGUACAACGAGGAGUUGACUAUGGCCAAACAGCAGCAAGGCCUAUCCGCUCCCAACACGCUCUUAUGGUUGCAAGCCAUCGCCAAUAUGCGUGCGAAGCAAGGCAGCGCUGAAUCACGUCAAGAGGGAGCUGCUCUGCUCCGAGAUCACGUCGACGAAGUUGUCCAUGUCACUACUAAUCACGAUGCUUUGGUCGAUCGUGCCCACCGCCUAGCUGAGAUUUAUCUGGAAUGUGGCUAUGUCGACGAGGGUAACCAGCUGAUCAAUGAUAUGCAUCAACAGGUCGUUCAUGAGACUCCAGCUGCUCAGCGACAGUCUUUGAAUGAGUACCGCCCCGCUGUCUUUGUGGCUUCCUUUGAGCAGGUGUUUGGCCAGCAGCGAACUUCGCAGGAGAUCCUCAGUGAAUUGUUCCGCGAAGGUGAAGUAUACAACUCUUUCCAACAGAGCCUGGCUAGUCACGAUCUCGUGCCCACGUUGGCGGCAGGCGAAAAGCUGCAUCGCCUGCAGGUAGAUCAGAAACGGGCGGCGGCGGCUCAGAACACUCACGAUAAGCUGUAUGAGUACUUUUGCAACAGUCUGUCCGUUGCCUCGCCGCAACGAAAGAAAGACUCCGUUCAUCAGUUCUACAAUCUUUGCUGGCGAGAAUCACUGCACAAGGACUACAACAUUAACAUUGUAGCAUCCACGGCCAGCAUGGUGCGGGAACUUUGCAAUCGCUCACAGUUCCAAGACGCUGCCGACGUAACAGGUGUCUUCCAUUCCUUCGUGCAUUUGACGGAGGGAUUACAAACUCCCGAAAGCAUCUUCACAGCCAUCAAGAUCUGUCUCUAUCUGAAUGGCUAUCAGACCAGCAAGUGUUCGGACGACACAGUCUCGGCAACCAUGGCUCUAGAGUCGCAAAUGCUGCUCCAGGAGAUCAUGUCCAACGCGAAAGAGCAACCUUUGGAGUUCUCGGAGCUGCCUUUCUCGGAACUAAAUGAUCUCGUCACGGUUUUGGGCGAGCAUGAAAUGUUUGAAGAUCUCGAGGCCAUACUCACCGACCUGUGGACGUCCCGCGUCGUGCAGAAGACCUGGUCGUUGCCUGUCGUCGUGUGGAUUGGCCGGCGGCUGGUCGAAACCCGGUUCUGCCGUGGUCAGGCGGCUUUGGCGACGCAGCUGGGUAAGGACAUUUGUUACAAUCUCCGCCAGGUGUGGGGAAACUGCGAUCCAGUGACGCUGGAAAUGACGAAGUUGCUGUCGGGCCUGUAUACGGCAUCGGGAAAUCAUCUGGCGGCGGCGGCGCUCCACGAGACCGCACUGGCCGAGCUGCUUAAUAGCGACGAGAAUCAAGCCGAGUCCGUGGAUGCUGUGACUCAACACCUUGAGCUCCUUCAGCAUGCACAGGCUCGGCUGUCGAAAGAGGGUCAAAGUGGCGCGGUUGAUGCAGCGGCCGCCCAGGAACGGGUGCAACAAAUUGCGACCAAAUUUGGGCUGUCCUCCUCGCAGCUUGAGGCGGCCGAGGCCGACGAAAGCCUUGGGAUGUGGCAGCGACCCCGGCGGUUUAGUUUGGACGUCGAGGAGCCGACGGCGCACCAGAAUCAUCUGCGACAGUCUAGCGGCUCGGCCUUAUUCAAUGGCAACGCAGGCGCCAAGCGUAUUUCGAUCAGCGCCCUGUGA